AUGGCGAAACAAAUCGCGGAUGUUGAGAUUCACGCGAGCGACACUCGAGACUUAGAGGACGAUAAUCUCGAUGUUAGUGUCGAUCUCAUUGACGAUGGAUUGUAUUUAGGUAACCUAGCAUGUGCAAGAGAUCACAAGACUCUGGAACAGCUGGGUGUAACUCACAUCCUUACUGUUGACCUGGUGCCACUUCCCAGGUCGAUAUUGGAUCAAACCAGUCUCAUUAUCAAAUAUAUAAAAUUGGCAGAUGUACCAAAGGAAGACCUCAUCACUCAUCUGCCGGAAUGUAAUGAUUUUAUUAAGGAUUCCAUCGCAAAUGGAGGAAAAGUUUUGGUACAUUGUUACUUUGGUGUGUCAAGAUCAGCGGCGGUGGUGAUAGGAUACAUUAUGGAGAAAUAUGGGCUGUGUUACGAAGAUGCAUUUGUACUGGUCAAGUCCAAGAGAAGGUUCAUUGGUCCGAACAACGGGUUUGUGGCUCAGCUCAAACUGUUUGGACAUAUGGAGUACCGACUGAAUAGAGACGACCCCAGAUAUAAACAGUUCAGAUUGAAAAUGGCUGGACAGAAAUUGAAACAAGUAAAAAUUCUGCCACAAUGCUUCGCGGACUUGAUAAAACCAGAUCCUGGAUUGAUAAGAGAGCGGCCGGACCCGAUAGUAUACCGUUGCAAGAAGUGUCGCAGGAUCGUUGCUAGCCAGAGUAACAUCAUACCUCAUAUACCAAAGCAGGUCAAGGUGGAAUUAGCUAAGAAGAACAUGAGACCGCCGCCCAAUAAACACACAGGGUUGAACUGUGCAGAGAAUGGACAACUGUUGAUAGAGAAACUGAAGAAUUUAGCGUGUCAGAUGAUGGAGAGUAAACUAACAGAUGAUGACAGUCCAGGGAGGAGUGAGGAGAGUGGCCAGGAUAGUGACGGGGCUCAUCUAACCGAACUUGUUAAAGAUUGGAUGGUAUUAGUUGAAGUUUCUUUUGAUGAUGACAGUAAUUUACGAUCACCUACUACAUCUUUAGAUAAAUUUUUGUCAACUGGUGAUGAAUAUAUGGAGCAUAACGUAGAUGGCGCCACCUGUCGUCUGGGACCUAACGUCUGUAGACUGAUGUGGUUUGUGGAGCCGAUGUCGUGGAUGAAAGCCACCAGCUCGCCGCAAGGGAGACUCGCCUGUCCGAAGUGUGGAGCCAAGAUAGGCAGCUACAGCUGGGUUAUGGGUUGCAAGUGUCCGUGUGGCCAGAAGGUGGCGCCAGCGUUCUACUUGGUACCAUCCAAGGUGGAGUGGUCAAAUAUAGUACAAAAUGUUCAAACAACCGUGUAA